AUGGUCUCUGCCGGCGCAGAUCCAUCUAUCCAUCUCUGGGACCUUGAAACGAGAGGCGCAGAGCUAAAUUAUAUCCACCGGUCUCAUGCAUCAAUCAGUAAAUCGGCACACCCGGACGCGCAUACUCACUCCAUCACUUCGUUGUCUAUCUACCCGUUCGACCCCGUUCCUACGAAUAUUUUCACCACAUCCUAUGACCAGACAUUGAAGCUUUCAGUGCUGGGACCGGCAGCUAUCAAGCCGGUCCACACAUUCAAGCUCCAUUGCACGCCACACGCGCAUGCGUUCUCCUCCAAGCCUCAUUCAACGUUACUCGUUGCGGUGGGUACAUCAGAGAACGCCGUCCGCCUAGUGGAUCUACGAUCAGGACUAGCGACACAAGGUCUGCCAGGGCACACCGGCCCUGUGCUGUCAGUAGACUGGGCACCGCAUCGGCCCUACCUGCUAGCUUCUGGCUCGGUCGACCACAGAGUGAUAAUAUUCGAUGUCCGACGCGGUGGCUUUAACUCUGCCAUCGCAAGCUUUGACAUGGAUGACCCAGUCGGAUUAGUACCACCCGGGUCAUCAGCGACAGUAAGUCGACCAGCGUACUCCACACAAGCCCGUGCACACAACGGAGCUGUAACAGGAGUCCGCUGGACGUCUACUGGCAGCAAACUCGUCACAUCGGGCCAAGACUCCCGCAUAAGAGUGUGGGAUACAAGCACAGGCGCAAACACAUUAGUGCACUUUGGACCUCGUGUCCGAAAUGCAGUUUCUGCACAAUUAGUAGAGCGACCACCGCUGCUCAUACCUAAAAGUUUCAUGCUACCAGGCUACGAAAGCUUCAUAUGGCCUAACUUCACGAAUGGAGACGACAAGGGCGAUAUGUACAUGUUUGAGAUUGCCGAGGGUACGCUCAUCAAGCGACUCCAUGUGCCUGGUCUUGUGGGUACAUCACAUACCCAAAGCCGGCCCGGUGCGCUCACUGCUGGCAGUGCGGGGCGAAUCAAUGAUUUGGCCUGGCGCAGCAACGGAGGGAAUGGUGCGUCAGGUCAAGGGUUAGAGCUUUUCUCUGCGCAUGGUGAUGGGACGAUUCGGGCUUGGGUUUCUGGGCAGCCGGAUGCAGAACCUGCUGAAGAUGAAGAAUAUCGUAAGAGGAAGCGUGAUGUGCUAGACGACAUGUACAAGUCAUUCGCAGCUCCUAAUAUUCCGUUCGGGAAAAUCCCGGGUGGUGAUCAUUGA